AGGCGGGGCUUCCUUGUACACAGACGUUGUCGAGCUGUUGUUUUGGUCGGACUGAGCGGUUUCUUCACAAGCUUUUGACCAAACCACCAUCGACGUUCUUGUAUCGCAGGUCAGGUAGUUCAGUAGUUUUCGUUUUAGAUCGGGUCGUGGUCAAGCACCUCGGUCCACCAGAGCUCCGGUACUUAAAGGAAGGGAUGCCGCUGCAGAGCCGACCCCACGGACUCCUCACCGCCCGGGACUGUAACUCAACGACGCGUUUAAUCGGGACUAGUAGCUGUUGUAUACCGUUAAACAGUACCAGGAUAAAUCACUCUCGACCGAGUGUUUUAAAGACAUGUUUAAGUUCAGCUGCGAAUUAAAUUAACCUAGCAUUAGAAGCUAACGACUAGCCUGUAAACAGAGCGGAAAUCGCUCUUCCUGAACCCCCAGACGGAUUACUCGACGACGGCCAGGUGCACUCACUGUUUUGUCCCUACUGGGUUCAUAAAUUGAAGAGACCAAGACGAGAAGAUGAAACUUCUGGAGAACUCGAGCUUCGAGGCACUGAGCUCCCAGCUGUGCGUGGAGACGGGAGACUCUCGCAUCCUCGGGAGGAUCGAGAGCUACUCCUGUAAGAUGGCGGGAGACGACAAGCACAUGUUCAAACAGUUCUGUCAGGAGGGGGAGCCCCACGUCUUGGAGGCCUUGUCCCCCCCACAGUCCACCUGCGCCACCAGCCCCUCUCAGCUGGGGAAGAGCAGUGAGGAGGGCGAGGACCACCUUAGUGACAAGUGUUGCAGGAAGACUCUGUUCUACCUCAUCACCACCCUCAACGAGUCCUUCAAGCCCGACUACGAUUUCAGCACCGCCCGCUCACACGAGUUCAGCCGCGAGCCCAGCCUCAACUGGGUGGCGAACGCCGUGAACAGCAGCAUGUUCUCUGCCGUGGGUGAGGAGUUCAACUCCCUGGGACCCGAGGUCUGGAACACCAUCGACCAGGAGAUCAACCUGCAGGGCUGUGAUAUAUACAGCUAUAACCCCGACCUGGACUCUGACCCGUUUGGCGAGGAGGGAAGUCUCUGGUCCUUCAACUACUUCUUCUACAACAAGAAGCUGAAGAGAAUCGUCUUCCUCACCUGCCGCUCCGUCAGCAACAGUGUGCUCAGCGGGUACGGGCGGGACAGCCAAGACAACGAGCUGGACAUGGAGCUGGAGGACGAGGAGGAGAUGGACGGAUUCGCCGAGGACCGGUUCCCCAGAGCUCUGUGUGUCUAACCCCCACCAAAGGAGCGCCACCUCCCCUCCCCCGCUUUUAUUUUUUAAAUCUAUCCCUUUUUUUUUUUAUCAUCUUGUUCUACACAGCCUCCUCCAGUCCCCAUCCCCUCUACCCCCAUACCCUCCACCCCAUGCCCCCUGCCCAAUACCCUCUACCCAUGAGGACACGAUAAGGAGAAAACCUCAGACGUUAUGAAGACGACAGAUGUGGAGAGUCCUCUUUGACGUUAUGAAGUGGACAGAUGUUAUGAAGAGAGGACAGCUGUUGAGAGUCCUCUCAGACGUUAUGAAGAGAGGACAGAUGUUGAGAGUCCUCUCAGACGUUAUGAAGAGAGGACAGAUGUGCAGAGUCCUCUCAGACGUUAUGAAGAGAGGACAGAUGUGCAGAGUCCUCAGACGUUAUGAAGAGAGGACAGAUGUGCAGAGUCCUCAGACGUUAUGAAGAGAGGACAGAUGUUGAGAGUCCUCUCAGACGUUAUGAAGAGAGGACAGAUGUGCAGAGUCCUCUCAGACGUUAUGAAGAGAGGACAGAUGUGGAAGAAGGCCUCAGACGGAGAGGACAUGUGGAGAACCUCUCAGACGUUAUGAAGAGGUGUUGGUUGGGAGGGAGCGUCUCUCCUUCCUCAUGAGGACUUUGUUUUUCCACGAGACCGGCCACCAGCAUUACCCCAGAGACACACACGUGUCGGGCAGCUGGGAGGAGCUCCUCAAAGACGAUCUGAUCGCUAGUGGUCCUCUCGCUUGUUUUUUUGUGCGACGCUUUCUACGCCUGCCAGUGGUCUCCGUGACGAGCACCCGGUCGCCGACUAUAUGCUGCAUUCUGAACCCCCUGUCGGUUGAACCUAUGUGUGUUUUAGUCCUUGUUCAGCUUCUUGACCUCACUGAGGAGCACCUUUUGAUUUGUCUUUGUACGUGUUGUUCAUGUCCUGCUGGCCUCCCUGCUGGUAACGGUGAAUGUACAUUCUCUUUUAAUUCGGAGGCUUCCCAGCUCCGCUCGUUUUAGCUUUUCUUUCCUACAUUGAGGGUUAUUAAUAUAUUUCUCUGCCGUGUUUAGAGCGUAGACGAUAUAUCUGACAUGUGAAUAAAGUUUCAAAAAAACCAGCCCAGUGUCUGCUUUGGG